UUCGUGAUCAACGCUCUCGGUUGGAGCUCGUGUGUGUCUGUGUCCGUCUUCGGGUCGAUUCGGUCGUUCGGCUAUUCGGUCCCCACGGGACCCACACGGCAUCCAUCCAUCCCUACGUUUCAGUUCUGAUUGGAGAUUCGUGCGCCGCCGUUGAUAGUCCGAGUACGCGGCGUGUUUCCCUGCAGCCCCAAGCUUUGAAGCUUUUAUUAUUUUGCAUUUCGUUUUGGCUUCGUGUUCGUGUUUGUCUUCCGUUUUCGUCUCCUUUAUUCGCUUGUGGCCUAUGUUUUUACACAACUGUUUAUGAUUUGAUUCGUCUGCAAACUGCAACUGCAACUGCAACAGCAACAGCAGCAGCAACAACUACACAUUCAAACGAAUCCAACACACAACAAAAAAAGUGUACUAGUGUUGCAACAAAACUUUCCAACCACGGACGACAGCUUACGGAUUACUAAGAAUCUUCCAAGAAUCGCACGCCCUGGAAUAUAUGUUCCGUACAUUCAAACGAUUGUCAGGAAGCAGGACGAGUGCUAAGGACAUUAGAUGAAACCCAUGCUACGGCUAACAAUUGAAUGAAGAGCACUAUAUAGGGUAUCCAGACAGCGUCAUCCCGUCCAAAUCCAAUCAAUCAACUAGCAAAAGGGAUCACCGCAACCACAACGGCUUCCAAAUGAAGAUGGCAUCCCAACGAUUCUGCCUGCGAUGGAACAAUCAUCAGAGCAACCUGCUGUCCGUCUUCGAUCAGCUGCUCCACGCAGAAACAUUCACAGACGUGACGCUGGCCGUCGAAGGACAAUACCUAAAGGCACACAAGAUGGUGCUAUCCGCCUGCAGUCCAUACUUCAAUGCUCUGUUCAUCAAUCACCCGGAAAAGCAUCCGAUUGUGAUAUUGAAGGAUGUGCCCUACUCCGAUAUGAAGUCCUUGCUGGACUUUAUGUAUCGCGGCGAGGUGUCCGUGGAUCAGGAGCGUCUUACCGCAUUCCUGCGCGUGGCCGAGAGCCUGCGCAUCAAGGGCCUCACCGAGGUCAACGACGAUAAGCCCUCGCCGGCGGAGAGCACACCGGCGGCAGCAGCGCCGCCACAGCUGCAGCGCAUCCAGCCGUAUCUGGUACCGCAGCGUAAUCGGUCGCAGGCCAGUCUUUUGGCCAGCACCGCCAGUGCCGCAAAUAGUGCCACACUGCCGGUGCAGCCGUCACUCCUCAGCUCCGCUCUGAUGCCCAAACGCAAGCGGGGCAGGCCCCGCAAGUUGUCCGGCAGCUCGAAUGGCACCGGCAACGACUACGAAGACUUUGAACGCGACAACCUGAUGAACGACGCGGACAUGGGCAAUGGCAAACUUGGCAAUGACUCCUACUCGGGCAACGACGAUGGCUCCGAUGACAAUCAGCAGGAAUCCGGCAAUAAUGAUGAUUUAAAUGAUCGUGAUUCUAUGCCCACAAAACGAUCAAAGAAUUCGAAGGAUCAUCGGGUGGUUAACCAGGCAGAAGACAACAGCACUUCCGAUGGCAACGACAGCGAUGGCGAUGGCAUGGACGCCUCGUACAUGGAGCCACAACUGAUGCUGGACGAGUACGAUGAGCCCGUGGAAUUCAAAUACAAUCCGCUCACCGACAACAGCUCGCCCACGCAGGACCACACAGACGGUGGAGGCGGAGGUGGAGCCAACAGCAGCAGCAACAACAACAACAACCAGCACCUCAACGAACAGGUCCGUCAGCAGGCGCUCCUGAUAGCCGCGCAACGUAAACACCAUGUGGAAACGGCAGCAGCGGCGGCGGCAGCGACAACAUCCGGCGGAAUCAAGCUAAACAUUAUCGGAAUGGCCGCUGGGGGGGCGCAGGUGAAGAGUAUGGUCAGCAUACCGAAGCUAACGCCCAUUGGCAAGGCAAACGCCGCCUCCACACCACUAGUAUCGCCUGCGUCGUCCUCAUCGGCCAGGCCGCGCGUCCAGAAACGCCCGAAGCUGGGCAAGAUGAACGGCGAGGUGAAGGGGGUGUUUACCAGCCAGGACUACCUCGAUCUGUAUAACAGCAGCGACGGGUUCAAGUUCAAGGCGGCCGGUUCGCUGAGCGGCAGCACGCCGAACCUGAGCGCCGCCGGCGGCGGCAGCGUUGGCUCGGCGGCCGUCAAGACCAAGCUCAAUCUCAGCAGCAACAUUGGCGAGGGCGACACGGAGGGCUCCGUCCGUGACUAUUGCACCAAAGAGGGCGAGCACACGUACCGCUGCAAGGUCUGCUCGCGCGUCUAUACGCACAUCAGCAACUUUUGCCGACACUAUGUGACCUCGCACAAGCGCAACGUGAAGGUCUAUCCGUGCCCCUUCUGCUUCAAGGAGUUCACGCGCAAGGACAACAUGACGGCACACGUCAAGAUCAUCCACAAGAUCGAAAAUCCCUCAACGGCGCUGGCCAGCGUGGCUGCCGCUAGCCUGGCCAAUCAGUCUCUGGGCGUGUCCGGUGGUUCGACGCCACCGCCGCCAGAUCUGAGUGCCCAGAAUUCGAAUCAGUCGCUGCCCGCUACCAGCAAUGCGCUCUCCACCUCAUCAUCGUCGUCCACCUCGUCGUCGAGCGGCUCUGUGGGGCCGCUGACGGUGGCCACGGCACCCACAGCACCCGCUGCUGCGGCGCAGUAAUCUCCCCUCGACCCACACACACACACCCGUACACCCAUACACCCAUACACCAUAUAUCACCCAUCCAAGAAGCACUCCUCAGACACACAGACAGAGACAGAGAGAGGUUGACUCCAGGAGAAGCAGCCACAUAUUCCAGCAGACUCCAAUGGGGGAUUGAUCUGAGGAUCGGGAGGAGGAGCAAAGUUAAUCAAGAGGCAGCGCCAGGCGCUCGCUGUUGCAGGGGAAAUGGGGGGUAGAUUUUUUGUUGAUUUUGUUUUUAGUUAUUUACUUUUCUGGCUUCUGUUAAAAAUCUAUCUAUUAUUUUGCGCUUCUCUUUUAAUGAACGAGAAUAAUGCGAGAGAGAGAAAAUGCCGGGCAACGUGGAAAUCUCUGAUUAUCCAAAAGACGAACCGAAACGGACAAUUCCCUCACUAAAAGAAAGAAAGGAACCGUUGAGCACCGUCUUUAUAUAUACAUAUGUUGUGCAAUUAUUUUCCCAAAUCUCGAAUCAAACCCACACCGAACCGAACCCUUUUUUUUUGCCUUAAGUCAAUCCCGCACGCCCUCACUUCAAAUCUAAUCCUAACAGAAAAAAAGAAGAUAAACCACCAAUGCGAUUACUAUUUUUGUGUAUCGAAAUAUAUUGUAUACAUAUUUCCAUGAAUACAAAAAAAAAAAGCAAGAAAGUUUUUUGUUGUUUUAGACACCAGAGCGGCCUUAUUUAACGAAUCACUGGGGCGGGGGGUGGGCGAAGGUUACUCUAAAAAGGUUACUCUAAACAAAAACCGACAGCACUUUUAGAUAAUUAAAAACGUAUCUGCAUAGCUUUAGAUACAGAUUUAUAUAUAUACCAUAUAAAUAUACACAAUAUCUAUAAACAUUGAAUGGUAUGUUUAUGCUUAGCCCGUAGUUCUAUUAAUUAAUUUAUCAUUAUCUUAUGUUCAGAUAUGCCUAUGUUAAUAUAUAUGCUAUAUUAUAUAUAAAUCUUACAUCUUACGAAUCGCGAAAGCUAAAAACGGAAACGGAAGAGAAAAAAUUGUAAUGUUAAUCAUGCGAGAGGGAGCGCAAAUCUACCUUGUUGCCUUCAAAUGAAGCUAGUUAAAAGUUAAAUCCCGAGUCUGGGCGCAAGGUCCUUUUUUGUGACCCCCAGUCACUCACCAACACACACACACCUAUACAGAUUGAUCACCCGACCCCAUAGGAUAUCCAACGAAAGGUUGCAAAUGUUUCGUUGGUAUCGGGAGUGGGAAUGGGGGUGGGAUGGUUUGUCGAUUAUUAAUCGAUCACUGAUCGAUGAUAAAUUGUAACUACAAAUAGUAACAGCAACAAUAAUAUACAAUAAUAUUUGUAAUGAUAAUAAUUAUUAAUUAAUGAACAUAAAAACUAAACAUAAUUUAUCAUCAAUCUAUUAAACGAUUUAUGUUGUAUAUCGGAGGCUUAAAUUAUCGCCAAAGAAAAUGAAAAUCAAAAGCAAACGCAAAAACGCAGUUGAAAAAUCCAAACGCAGCAGCAAACAGAAAAAAUAGAGAAUGUUAAAAUUACAAAUUUAUUGUUGUUAAAACAAAACGAUCUCCAAAAAACAAAAAAAAAAACAAAAACAAACAUAAGCGAAAGGUUUAAAAUCUGCAAAGAAGAAUAAUAAAUAAAUACAAAAACAAACAAAAAUACAGACAACAAGAAAGAGUUAUUCCUCAAGUCAUGUGAAACCGUUCAAAUUUUGUAGACAACAAAAAUACACUGAAAACUGCAAAAAGAAAAUUACAAAAAAAAAAAAAAAAUGAAAAGUAAAAAUUAUGCGCAAUCAAAUAAUAAAACGGAGCUGCGUACGCUAAUUUAUUAAAUAAUUUUGUUUUUAAUUCUUUAUUUAGUGGUAGCUAGUGCAAUUUAGUCCGUAAGCCGCCGUCGAACCCACACCACCAA